GGAAGGAGCUUGGGGAUGGCGAAGGCGCUGGGGAAGAGAGCCCGGGGCUUGAGCCCGUGAGUGGGGGGGUGCGGAUGGCAAGUGCCCGGAGCGGCUCCGCCUGUCUGCAGGCCGCUGGCUCCGGAGAGCGAGCCUUGGGCGAGCUGCUGCUGGAGUUUUCGAGGGCGCAAUACCGGGCCCGGGAAAGCGGAGGAGCAGCUGGAGGCAGCGCUGGGAGCAGCGGCAAUAAUAAGGUAGAGCACAUUGAAAAAUGCUGCCUUGAAUUGUUCAGUAAGGAUUAUUGCUACAGCCUGAUCCACAAUGUGAAUGGUGAAAUCUGCAGUCAUUACCCACGUCUGAUGGUCAUUUUGGAAUAUGAAAGCAGUGACCGAGAAAGACACACGUUUGAAAGCACCGUCCAGAUUGGCAAGCUGCAAGACCUGAUCCACCGCAGUAAAAUGGCCCGAUGUAGAGGCCGGUUUGUCUGCCCUGUCAUCCUCUACAAAGGAAAGCAUAUAUGCCGAUCAGCCACACUGGCAGGGUGGGGAGAACUUUAUGGGCGAACAGGAUACAAUUACAUUUUCUCAGGUGGUUCAGAUGAUGCCUGGGCAGAUACGGAAGACUUGUCAGAAGAGGACUCUGCUUUAAGAAAUGCAGACUCGCAACUCUUUGACAAAGUCCGAGGUCACGACAUCAAGCUCUUGCGAUAUCUGUCAGUUGCAUACAUCUGUGACCUGAUGGUGGAGAACAAGAAAGUGAAGUUUGGAUUGAAUGUGACGUCUUCUGAGAAAGUGGAUAAAGCACAGCGCUAUGCUGACUUCACUCUCCUUUCCAUCCCUUACCCAGGCUGCGAAUUUUUCAAGGAGUACAAGGAACGAGAUUACGCAGCAGAAGGACUGGUUUUCAACUGGAAGCAGGAUUAUGUAGACGCUCCCUUAAGUAUCCCAAUCUCCCUUACCAAGCCUUUGAACAUCGAUUGGAGUGAAUAUCAGAACUGGGACCUUGUACAGCAGACACAAAACUACCUGAAGCUUCUGAUCUCCAUUAUCAAUAGUGAUGAUGACGGUGGGCUCCUGGUUCAUUGUAUAUCCGGAUGGGACAGGACGCCGCUUUUCAUCUCUCUCCUGCGUCUCUCCCUGUGGGCUGAUGGGCUGAUCCACACAUCCCUGGAACCUGCAGAGAUUCUUUACCUGACCGUGGCUUAUGAUUGGUUCCUCUUCGGGCACAUGUUAGUGGAUCGGCUCAGCAAAGGAGAGGAAAUUUUCUUUUUCUGCUUCGAUUUUCUGAAGCACAUAACCUCUGAGGAGUUUUCUGCCGCGAAGCAGCUGAGAAGGAAGAGUCUGCCCCCUGGAUUCACUCUGGAAGAAAUCUGUAUGCUAAAGCAGAGGGACCGGGGCAGCACCACCAGUCUGAGCAGUGACUUUUCUCUUAUGAUGGAGAAUUCACCUGGAGCUGCAGGGAGUUUCACUUACGACGCUGUGGAGUUGAUGCUAACAGGACCUCAAGCUUCUUGGAGGAAAAACUGUGCAUCGUCCCCUCAGGCGGUCCUGUGGAAUCGGACACCACAACCCGAAGACAGGUUGCCCAUCCAGAGCACGCUUGACGCAAGAUCCUCCAGCUCCUCUUCUUCCAAUCAUUCAGAGAACUUCUCAAGACUAGGCAGCAGUCCGCUUGAAGUCCCUAAGACCAGAUCAACUGACCUUUCUCUUCCCGGAUCCUCCAUCUCCACCGACUUUGGCAGCUGGCAGAUGGUAACAGGGAGCGGCAGUAUACAGGAGCAGACUGACUCCUCUUCUCUUUGCAGCUUCCCAGAUGAGCUCCCUAACAGUUCCUUGUAAGUGCUUGAGAUCUGUGAAUGGAAGGACCCUGCUUUGCAUGUUGGAGGUCUCUGGUUCAGUCCCAGGCAUCCUAGAAUUAAAAGAACCGGUCCAGACAAAUGCAU